UGUGAGAAAAAUAAGGCUUACAAUGACGUCACGGUCGUUGUUUCGAAUGUCGGGAGCUAGCGCUCGUUAAGAGGCCGCGCGCACAGAAGGGAACGGUUAUUACUACAUUCUGGAGAGCAAGGUCGUCGACAUCUGCAGCACUUCGUAUUUCAGGAAUAUCCUGUCCCCCCCCCCUCCCCCCUCCCUUUGUCAGAGAGCAUGGCUCAGGAGACCAAUCAGACGCAAGUGCCAAUGCUUUGCACUAUGGGCUGCGGUUUCUAUGGUAAUCCCCGCACCAACGGCAUGUGCUCCGUCUGCUACAAGGAACACCUGCAGAGACAACAGGGUGUGGGCUGUUCCAGCCCCCCAGGUGAGAAAGGCUCGGUUGCUUCAUCGCCAGUGGGGUCCCCGGGAGCAGCUGGUGUGUCGGUGAAGCGCAAGACAGCGGAACCCAGCGCGGAAGGGGACACUCCGCCCAAGGAAAGGACAUCCAGUCCCAGCUCCCCCAGCCCAGUAACCCAGCAAAUGACAGCCAUGAGUAUCUCCCAGGAUACUGGAGCCACUGACUCAGACCAGGCUAAUGGGGAAGAGGAGGGGACAUCCAAAAACACAGAGCCAGUGGGGGAGGCAGCCCAGACCUUGUCUGAUGGUGAUCAGACCCCUGACAAAAAUAAGAAGAACCGAUGCUUCACCUGCCGGAAGAAAGUGGGCCUGACGGGCUUCGCUUGUCGCUGUGGUAACCUGUUCUGCGCCGUUCACCGCUACUCUGACAAACAUGACUGUCCCUACGACUAUCGAGGUGCUGCCGCGGCACGCAUACGCAAGGAGAACCCUAUCGUGGUGGCUGAGAAGAUCCAGAAGUUAUGAGGACUGAGUAGAAAAGUCUCUGACGUGCAAAUUGUGGAACAAUGGCGGCAUGGAAUAUUACCAGAUAAAAUUGUAUCAUGGUAGGAUAAGGUGGAUGGGGUGGCGGAGUCACAACCCCUGCCCAGCCACUUCCUUUAUUAACAUCUCCCUCUCUCCUAGAGUGACUGCUUGAGUGUGAAUGCCUCUGGUGAGAUGGUCUGUGUGUGUGUGCAGUAGGGUUUGGUGGGCAUUAGAAGUCUACUGUGGGGCGGGAAGACAUUUCAUUUUUACCCUUUUUAUUGUUUCUUAACUUGGGGGGACUUGAGUUAAUUUUUAUAUUACCCCCGUGUGGUGGUUAAAAUGAGCCAGAAGUAACAUGUUUAAGAGCAUGCUACAUCUCCGAUAAGGACAUCAGGAGGUCAAGUUCAGAUCAUCCUGUGAGUUCCUGUGUUUCAGCAAUAUCUUUUGAGGGCUUCAGAUGAAUUUACUCCCAGAGAAAAACCCUUGUUCAGUUUCUGUCAAAUGGGCCUUUUUGUUGUAACUUUUCUUUCCCUUCUGACCCUUAGGUGAAUAGUUCACAACAUGGCAACAUUUUUUCAAGAAAUGUUCUUUGACUUACUGAUAUUGGGUGCAUGAAAGAGCCUCGAUAUAUGAGUGAUUGAGAUUGUUUUUAUGAGUGUAUGACAUCAAAAGAUCUAUAUUAAUAUAUUGUUAGCUUGAAUUGUGAUUGCAUUCUAUUUUUUUUUUAUAUAUAUAUAAUUUGGUUGGUUUGUACUGGAGGAUUGGCAGCAUGUCAGAAAAUAAUUUAAUUUGUACUUAACCUUUUCAAUUAUAUUUGAGCAUUUCCAUCUGAUUUAUGUAACCAUUUGAAAAAUACAACUUCUGAUGUGUGAUGGAGUGGAGUCCUGUUGAUAUGUUCAGAUUAGGACCGUGCAGAAAAUUCCAUUAUUAUGGAAUCAAAGCACAACAAUUAAAGUUUCAACUGCAGAGCAUAAGACAUUGAAUGUGCAAGUUAACUUACUCAGUUUUCUUCAGCAUCCGGGUCUUUAUAGUUUAGCUUGAUCUCUCUCUGCAGGUUGGCUACAGAGAAUAAAGCAUGUUCUGCCAGUCCAGGCAGAACAUAAUGUAGUGUUCUCCUUGAAUGCCCUCUUCUGUUCCAUAAAGCCAACACAGUGAGCCACCUUGUUCCUUAACCACCAGCUGAUAUGCUGAAUGAUAACAGAACUGGUUGGCAAUUAGUCCAAAUAUUAGUGUGUGUGUGUAAUAAUGUUUUCAUAACUACCCUAAAAGAUCUGCCGUGGCACUGCUUUCUUUUCCUUGUAUUUUCUUUCACCCACAGGUACUUCCUGUGUCUUCGAACAGGGGGUGAAAUUUAGUUAAAGGGCUAAAAUCACCCUGGAUGGCAUUUAUUCUCAACGGUGUAAUUCUAGGUUGCUUUCCUGUUCCUCCUGACUGCCCACAUUUGGUGAAUCAAUAGACAGCCAAACACAACCCUUAUGUCCAAAGUACUGGUACCGUCUCAAUCCUCAGCAAGGGCCUUCGUGUCCCUGUGGUUGUUUUUGAGGAUUGGUCACACUAGUUGGUUCCAUAUAAUUAGUAUUAGUUUUGCAUUUUUAGGUGAAUCAAACAUUGAUUUCCGAUUCUUCAUGCUUUUGUUUUGUUUCAUAACACAGCGAAUGUCAUUGAGAAAGAUUGUGUGGAAAAAAGCAGAUACUGAAAAACAUCAAGUGUGACACUUGGCAAAACAACGAUGCCCUUUUGAGAGAGAGUCUGAACUGAAUGAGCUUUCUUAUAUGAACAGGAAAUAAUCUGGACUUGACGCCAGGCACCACAGGUUGAAAUGACAUUUUUUGCAUCUACUGAUUGAGAUUUGUUGGCAUUUUUGGUCCAUUAUUUCUAUUUUCACAAAGUAAACCAUUUCAAACUUGCUGAAAA